ACUCAAAGCAGGAAGAGGGAAUGGGAGAGUGGGAGAGCCGGAAGAGUGGAGACAAGGAAUAUUCCAUUAGGCAAGGGCUGUCAACGCUAACACCGUAGGAUCCCCCGUUUUCCUUAUUUGUAAGCGUAUUUCUCAAAGAAAAGUGCAAGCGGCGAAGAUGUGGAAGGCAGCAGCAGGUCAGUCUGUGAAGGUGGCAGUUGAUGAUGGAGGAGACGACUGGGAGACUGAUCCAGACUUUGAGAACGAUGUGUCAGAAAAAGAGCAGCGAUGGGGUGCCAAGACUGUGGCCGGCUCAGGACAUCAAGAACAUAUCAACAUCCAUGACCUGCGCCAGACGGUCUCCUCGGAGCACACCAACCUGAAGCAGAAGGAGCUGGACGACAUGCCCAAGGCCUCGCAUGGCUAUGGGGGCAAGUUUGGCAUCCAGGAGGACCGCAUGGACAGUUCGGCUGUGGGCCAUGACUACCAGAGCAAGCUGUCCAAGCACUGCUCCCAGACAGACACCUCCAAAGGCUUUGGUGGCAAGUUUGGAGUUCAGGCAGAUCGCGUUGACCAGUCUGCUGUGGGUUUCGAAUAUGCUGGGAAGACAGAAAAGCAUGCCUCACAGAAAGACUACUCCACGGGUUUUGGGGGGCGCUACGGGGUGCAGACUGAUCGGGUGGACCAGAGUGCCCUGGGCUUUGAUUACCAGGGCAAAACCGACAAACAUGAGUCGCAGAAAGACUACUCUAAAGGCUUCGGUGGAAAGUUUGGUGUGGAGACGGACAAGGUGGACAAGAGUGCGGUUGGGUUCGAGUACCAGGGGAAGACCGAGAAACACGAGUCACAGAAAGACUAUGUGAAGGGUUUCGGUGGAAAGUUUGGCGUGCAGGCUGACCGCCAGGACAAGUCGGCUCUGGGAUGGGACCAUCAGGAGAAAACGCAGCUUCACGAGUCUCAGAAAGACUAUAAGCGGGGUUUCGGAGGGAAGUACGGGGUUGAGGCGGACAAGCAGGACAAGAGUGCCCUGGGCUUUGAGCACAAGGAGAGCCUGGCCAAGCACGAGUCUCAACAAGACUACUCAAAAGGAUUUGGAGGCAAAUAUGGAGUCCAAAAGGAUAGAAUGGAUAAGAGUGCAGGGACCUUUGAGGAGGUGGAGAGACCAGCCUCUGGCUACCAGAAGACCAAGCCUGUAGAAGCAGUCAGUGCCAACACCGGGAGCAUUAAAGCUCGCUUUGAGAACAUCGCCAAGCAGAAUGAGGAGGAGGACCGGAAGCGCGCUGAGGAGGAGCGGGUCCGGCGGCAGGCCAAGGAGAAGCAGGAGCAGGAGGAGGCGCGCAGGAACCAGGAGGAGGCAGCCAAAGCCAAGCCUCCGUCUCCCGUGCCGAGCCCCAGCCCCAGCCCCACCCCUGCUGCCCAGCCGGUGUACGAGGACACCGGGCUGUAUGAGGAGCCUCCACAGGAGAGCACCGACAACAGCAACAACAUCUACGAGCCUGAGCCUGUGGCCAAGCCCAUGUCCACUCCUGCCACGGAGCAGACCUACGAGGAGACGGCCCAGGAGGACAUGUACCAGAACGUGGACGAGGACUACCAGGCUGGAGGAGGUGGGGACUCCACACCCGCAGGUGGAGCAGAGGAUGCCCAGACGUAUGACUAUGGAGAGGACCUGGGGGUGACCGCUGUGGCCCUGUAUGACUACCAGGCUGCUGGCGAUGAUGAGAUUUCCUUUGACCCUGACGACAUCAUCACCAACAUCGAGAUGAUUGACGAGGGCUGGUGGAGGGGUGUGUGCCGAGGGGCCUACGGACUCUUUCCAGCCAAUUAUGUGGAGGUUCGGCCAUGAGACCACACCCCCACCCACUGGCCACGCCUUACCUGCCAAGCCCGUCUCCCUGGAGGAGAGGCCUUCCUUGCUCUCUUCUCUCAUUCCUCUCUUUUUCCUCCCUUUCACCGCCCCCAGUCUAUCUCGGCCCAUCACAGGGCUUCUCUAAAGUGUCAAGCAUUCUCAGGACUGUCAGCUCAGCUGCGUUUCUCCCCCUCUGUCUUGGUUCUCCUCCGUGCUCCACUCUCCCCUACUGGUCAUCAGAGUGUCCAUCUCGUUGGGAGGCAGCAGUGAGAAAUCGCGUGUAGCAGCGAGGAGAGGGAUUCCUGUAACAAGCUUCCCUGUAGCUCCUAACAGACCAACGGAUGAGCGCUCUGCAUACAUGUACUCCACUAGUCUAUCUUCAUUUAGUGCUCUCUCUCUCGCAUAAUCAGCCCUCAUGCAUUAGAGAGACGACCCUUUGUUUCCGUCUCGGCCUGAUGUGUUAGAAAGGCUUAAGCAAAAGCCCUCUGAAGUAUUGACCUCACCUCACAAGCCAUGUAGAGGUUUUAGGAUCACCAAAGAUGAGGGAACUAUUUUAUCUUGCAGUAGAAAAAAAAUGCACCAUUUCGGUGAAACCUUGAGCGGACACUCCUCCUUCUAAAGUGUUUCACUUGCGCUUCUAGUAUUCACAGAGACUUGCUUCACUUGGAAUCCAUGGUUAUCGUAGCUUGUAACUUUUGAGCUGCUCUAAUUAUUUUUCUUUCUUUUAUAUUUGUAUUGGGUAUGCAGUAACUCAUGUGUUUGCCAUGAUGAGGCAAAAAAAGAAGAAAAAAAAAGAUUUCCUUGCUAAGAACAGUCUCGCCAUCUAGACUCACUUGUGCGGUGUAUGACGCAACAUUAACGACACUGCUUAUCAGCCUGAAACAAAAAAUCAGGCUGGAAAAAACCUUUGACCUGCUAGCUGCGGUCUAAUAAUGUGUUAAGCUGGAAUCUAAAGACUGUUUAGAAUAUAUAUGAGAGGAUUUCAGUGUUUUAAAAUAAAUAUAUUGAGGAAAGGGCAAAAUCCUUCUAUGUCCUAUAGCUAUAGCGUCAUCUGUAGAGGAUGUCUGUAUGUGUUCCAUAGGCAUGCCCUGCUGUCUUUAAGUGUUGUUCUGUUCCACUUUGAGUAUGGGAUGCGGUGAUGUAUGGCUACUUAGAUGCUCCACCACUGACCAACACAUUUUAAUCAAGCAGAAGAAUGAUUGAUUUGAGGUUCUGUGUUUCUGUGAGAUUCUAAACAUGACACUGUGUGAUGCUUCUUAAUUUUAACCAAUGAUGACAAUCCCAUCCUGUUGCCAUGGGAAUCGUUUUGGCUUUUGAGUCUAUAGACUAAAGUGUAUGAGUGAUUAAAUGACUUCAUCGGGUUGGGGUUUUAUAAUAAAGUGACCUUUACAAAUA